UUGUCUUCUUUCAGCUCUCUCCUGAUCCUGAAGUUGCAGGCAUUCGGAUCGUUGACUCAUUUCAUUUCUUCCUGCAAAUAUCACUGGAACAGCACAAACACUGGCAGGCAAAAUCUGAGGCUUCCAAGAUGAGGUUCUGGUCUCUGCUCAUCGUGGCAUGGCUGCCGGUUCUGCAGGUCCUCCUCGUAGGAUUGCUUGGAGCUCUUCUCGCAUCCAAUCGUUUCAACGUUCUCACAUCUGAUGCUCGAAGGAGCAUCAAUAAGAUUGUUUAUAUUGUCUUCGUUCCAUCGCUCGUCUUCUCUAGCUUGGCGAGCACUGUCACGCUCAAGGACAUCAUCUCUUGGUGGUUCAUGCCAGUGAACAUGGGCAUCAUAUUUCUGAUUGGAGCAGUUCUAGGAUGGGUGUCUGUCAAAGCCUUCAGACCUGGAGAACAUCUUCAGGGACUCGUCAUUGCUUGUUGCUCAUCAGGUAACUGGGGCACUAUCCCUUUGAUGAUUGUUCCAGCAAUUUGCAACGAGGAGGACAAUCCCUUUGGGGACGCCAAUACCUGCAACUCUCUUGGUCUCUCCUAUGUCUCGUUAUCAAUGGCGCUCGGAAAUUUCUACAUAUGGACGCACAGCUACAGUGUCAUGAAGAGAUCCGCUAAACUGUACAGGGCAAAAUGCAAGAAUCAUCACGCUCGGACUGACACGAGCAAAGAACAUUUGGGUCAAGGUGCAACUGAUGAUUAUGUGGCUUUUGUUCCACCGACUUCUGAAAUUUUUUCAGACGAUGUUGGCAACUCCAUUAUUUCCCCGUUGCCUCCAAAUGAUGCUAGAGCUAGCUUCUUGAGUCGCUACUUGAGAGCGGCAAAGGAUUUAUUGGUAGAAGUACUGAUAGAACUGUGGUCACCACCAAGUAUAGCUGCGCUCGUGGGGUUCACUGUUGGCACAAUAGACAAGAUGAAGUCACUUGUUACGGAAGAAGGUUACCCUCUUCGGGUAAUCCAAGAUUCAACCACAUUACUAGGAGAUGCUACAAUUCCAUGCACCGUGCUGAUCCUCGGUGGAAACCUAACAAAAGGGAUAGGCAAGACGGUGGUCGAGCCUAUUGUGGUGAUAUCGAUCAUUGUCAUACGCUACAUCGUCCUCCCUGCCUGCGGCAUCGGCGUCGUCACCGCAGCCACCAAGCUUGGGUUCCUACCAAGAUCUCCCCUGUACCGCUAUGUGCUCCUGUUGCAGUCCACAGUUCCUCCAGCCAUGAGCAUUGGCACAAUAGCUCAGCUGUUUGACGUUGGGGAAGAGGAGUGCUCUAUCAUCUUCCUGUGGACGCACCUGGUUGCUGCCUUGGCUCUCACGCUUUGGUCGACGGUGUUCAUGUCGCUUGUGCUGUGAGCUACCAGUAUUGAAUCCAGCUUGAUGCAGAUACGAUGACAGAGACAAAUUAGGAACAGGAAAUGUACCGUCGCCAAUUUAAUUUUGGAGUAAUGGUAAACAUCAGCAUGAUUUGGCCAUGCAAAAUAAUGUUUGCUUUCCAUGUAAGUGAAUGCAUCGUUACAUAACAAUUCUUUCACGUGAACAUACAACAGCUCUUUCACAUUAACAAAAUAUAGCGAUGUAUUCA